AUGGACGCCGUCGGCCUAGAAGUGGUUCUGAUCACCGGCUGCUCGCAGGGAGGCAUCGGCCACGCCCUGGCGAAAGAGUUCGCCGCGAAAAACUGCCUGGUCGUGGCCACGAGCAGGUCCUUGAGCUCGAUGCAGGACUUGGAGCAGGACGAGAGGUUCUAUCUCCAGGAGCUCGAUGUGUCCUCCGAGGAGAGCGUGAAGCGGGCGGUGGCGAACGUCAUCGAGAAGUAUGGGAGAGUGGAUGUUCUGGUGAACAACGCCGGGGUUCAGUGCGUCGGCCCUGUUGCUGAGGUCCCUCUGUCUGCCCUGGAGAACACUAUCAAUACCAAUGUUUAUGGUCCCAUGAGGAUGAUUCAAGCUGUUGUUCCACACAUGGCGUCGCGAAGAAAGGGAAAGAUCGUUAACGUAGGAAGUGUCAUAGUCCUGACGGCUUUCCCUUGGACUGGUGCAUAUGCUGCAUCUAAAGCUGCUCUUCAUGCAUUGACCGAUACCUUGAGGUUGGAGGUGAAGCCACUGGGGAUUGAUGUGAUAAAUGUGGUUCCAGGAGCCAUCCAGUCAAACAUAAUGCCCUCAGCUGAGGUUCGUUAUAUUUCAGAGUGGAAACUAUACAAGCAAUUUGAGCCAGCGAUGAGCCGGUUUCUCACCCAAGGCAGAGUGGGCACCCCAACCGAAGAAUUUGCAAAGCAAACCGUUGCUGCCAUCCUGAAAAAGCACCCUCCUGCAUGGUUCUCCUCGGGCAAGUUCUCGACCAUCCUCGGCAUCGCUUACUAUUUCCCUCUUCGUGUCAAGGACUUGAUGGUGCAAUCUUUUCUGAAACCCUGAAGAGAGUUUCUUCCUUUCUAUUCUUCGCUGGGGAUCAGUCUUUCUUUCUCUGCAGCUUCUGAUACAGACUGUUCUUAAGAUUUACCAUAGUCCAUAUCUAUAAUGGCUUCCUUUCCUCCUGCAUGACUUGUUGCAUCAUGUAGAUGUUAAGGGUCUGCAACUAUCUUGUUCCCUUACACAGUGUUAAAUCUGUUAUGAAAGUAUAUCUUGAUGAUUUAAUGCGGAAGUUAGUUGUACUCUGCAAGUCCUUUGUGGCAUCGAUAAUAACCUCUGUUUCGGCUAUGGAUUUCUGAUGAGUACUUCUGGCCGGGUUGUUUAGGCAUUGACACCUGCUCUGCUGCCA